AAGACGUAAAAGCGCCGACUAGUGGUUAAAUCUGUUGCUUAGUAAACAUUGCUUGUUGGUUUCACAAAUUGCUUCUUUAAAUCUCGUAAUUAACUUGAUUUGUUAUUUUUUUUUAUCUAAAUUAAAGCUUGGAUUUACAUCUGUUCACAGUCAACCAUGAAUCGAGAGUAUGGUUAUGAUUACGAAUAUGGAAAUGAUUAUGGUUAUAACUAUGGCUAUAAUGGGCUUCACUCUGGAGAUCCAAGACAAGACUUAGAAUAUGAAAAAAGUUACUUGACUGGUGGUGGUGGAUCUGCGGCUGUUGGAUCUGGUUUCAAUGUUCCUGAUGUCGUCCAUGAGUUUCUUCUCAGACUCUAUAAGGCAAUCACUGAAAGAAACGUGUAUGAAAUUCACAACUUGUAUGAGAAUACAUUUCUCCAAUUAACUGAGACUUAUUAUAAGGAAAGACCCUGGCCAACUGAAGGAGAAGUGGUUCAUGUUGUUGGUGAAAGAGAGCAUUUUAAAACAUUCAUCAUCUUCUACAAAGAAUUAUACUUCCGACAUAUUUAUGCUAAAUGCCAACCAACAAUUGAGCAAAGAUUUGAAUCAUAUGCGAACUACUGUGCUCUUUUUAAUUUAUUGCUCAACGACGAGGAACCAGUCCCAAUUGAGCUACCCAACCAGUGGUUAUGGGAUAUCAUUGAUGAAUUCAUUUACCAAUUUCAAUCCUUUUCUCUUUAUCGAAUGAAAGCAAAUGCUGGAAAGCUUUCCGAAUAUGAGGUUGAACAGUUGAAGCUUAAUCUUCCCAUUUGGAAUGUACAUUCUGUCUUGAAUGUUUUGCAUUGUUUGGUAGAUAAAUCAAAAAUUAAUGAACAAUUGAAGGAGUAUAAUGCCGGUCGGGAUCCAGAUUUGGUUGCAGAUGAAUUUGGUAGACAAACUAUCUAUAAAAUGCUUGGUUAUUUUUCUCUAAUUGGGCUCCUCAGACUCCAUUCUUUGCUCGGAGAUUACUAUCAUGCCGUCAAAGUUGUUGAAAAUAUAGAUUUACAUCGUCAACCUCUACAAAAUUUGUCUGUUGCUCGUGUUCUAGCUUGUCAGACUACAACUUUCUAUUAUGUAGGAUUUGCUUACAUGAUGAUGCGAAGAUAUGCUGAUGCCAUUCGUACUUUCUGUAACAUUUUGUCUUAUCUUCAAAGAACACUUCAACGUGGACAAAUUUAUCAACAAUUUAGAACAUUUCAAAUGGAUUUGAUUGAUAAACAGACUGAUCAGAUGUAUGCUUCACUCAAUAUUUGCCUGGUCUUGCAUCCUCAAAGAAUCGAUGAAAGUAUUCUGUCAGUAUUACAAGAAAAGUUUGGUGACUCAAUGAGCAAAAUGCAACGUGCAGAUCUGAAAGAGUUUGAAGCUGCAUUCAGAUUUGCUUGCCCAAAAUUCUUAUCUCCAGUCGUAACUAUUGUUGAACCAGAUAUGUCAGGCGAAACACCAGUGCGAAUCGAUCCUUGGAAUCAACAACUUCGUGUUUUUAUGGACGAAAUUUCCCAACAAAUUCAAACUUUGGUGAUAAGGAGCUACUUGAAGCUUUAUACCACAAUGCCCAUGUCAAAAUUGGCUGCAUUCUUGGAGAUUGAUGAAGAUACUCUGAGAGUACAAUUGUUAUGUUUCAAACAUAAAAUGCGUAAUCUUGUAUGGAAUCGCACACAAGGAAACUCUGGUUUAGAAGGCGAAUUUGAAUCAGGCUCUGAUGUAGAUUUUUACAUUGAUAAAGAUAUGAUUCUUGUAGCUGAUACUAAAGUUGCUCGUCGCUAUGGUGAAUACUUUUUAAGACAAAUUCACAAAUUUGAAGAGCUUUACAGAAUUGCUGGUUCUAUUCAAAGAACCAAUACAAUCUAAAACCAUUUAGAAAAAUAUUUGAUUAAGGUAAAAUAAAAUAAAACGUUUCCAAUCCCUAAAACGAAUAAACACUUUUUUUACUUAA